AUGGCACCGCGGAAAACGCACCGCUGUGUCGGCAUGGCAUGGCGCGCGCAGAUCAUCCACAGUAUUCUCGGAAUCGUGCGCUCGCCCGUGUCCGCCACGCUUCCGCAGAUCGCGUCGCGCCUCUUCCUCGUCUGGGGCGUGCUCUACCCCGCGUCGCAGGUGCGGGAGCACGUGCUGGUGGCGUCGCUGCUGCUCAGCUGGUCCAUCACUGAGAUCGUGCGCUACUCCUUUUUCGCCGUCAAGGAGGCCUUUGGCUUCACGCCCGCGCCUCUGCUCUGGCUCAGGUACAGCAUGUUCUACGUGCUCUACCCGUCGGGCAUCACCAGUGAAGUGGGGCUCGCCCUCCUCGCGCUGCCCUACCUCAAGGCAUCCCACGUGUUCUCGUUUGACAUGCCCAAUAAGGCCAACUUUGCCGUUGACUAUUACCUCGUCUGCAUCCUCAUUCUCCUCACCUACAUCCCCGGGAGCCCAUACAUAAGUCGCGCAUCCCCUUCCCUCAUCGAGCUUCUCCCCUCAUCGCGCUUCCCAUUGUCGCGUUCCCCCGCCCAUCGCGCCACCCCCCUUCGCGCCACCCAUCCUUCCGUCGCGCAGCCUCUCGUGCCUCGUCUCCCGUCGUCGCGUCUCCCCUCGCCGCGCCUCCUGUCCCAUCCUCACGCCUCCCCUCGUAUCCGGGAGCCUCCCCACGUCGCGCCUCCGCUCGUCUCGCCGCGCCUCCGCAGGCCGCGCCGCGCCUCCGCAGGCCGCGCCGCGCCUCCGCUCACCUCGCCGCGCCUCUGCUCGUCUCGCCGCGCCUCCGCAGGCCGCGCCGCGCCUCCGCUCGCUGCACCGCGCCUCCGCUCACCUCGCCGCGGCGCCUCCCCUGCCAUCAGCGCGCCAGCACCCUCGUCGCGCUGCCCCUCCUCGCGCCUCCACUCCCGCUGCCCUUCUCCCACCUGCCCAUCCCUUGCCCGCGCCUCCCUGCCCUUCUAUUCACCCCACCCUGAUUUCCCUAAUUUUAACACCCUGCUUCCCCUCCUUCCCCUCAUUUACCCCGUUGCUUCCCCUCGUUUCCCCCUCUGCUCUCAUCGUUUCCCCCCGUGCUUCCCCUCAUUCUCCCCCCUCCUUCAACUCAUUUCCCCCGCUGCUUCCCCUCAUUCCCCCCGCUGCUUCCCCUCACUUCCCUCCCUGCUUCUCCUGAUUUUCAUCCUUGCUUCCCCUAAUCCCUGCUUCUCCUCAUUUCAUCCCUGCUUCUCCUCAUUUCAUCUCUGCUUCCCUUCAUCCCUGCUUCCCCUCAUCCCUGCUUCCCCUCAUCCCUGCUUCCCCUCAUCCCUGCUUCCCCUCAUCCCUGCUUCCCCUCAUUUCAUCUCUGCUUCCCCUCAUCCCUGCUUCUCCUCAUUUCAUCCCUGCUUCCCCUCAUCCCUGCUUCCCCUCAUUUCCCUCCCUGCUUCCCCUCAUUUCUCUCCCUCAUUUCCUCAUUUCCCCCUUUGCUUCCUUCUUCCACUCAUUUACCCCUCUGCUUCGUUUCCCCAUCUGCUCUCAUCGAUUUCCCCCUCUGUUUCCCCUCGUUUCCCCCUCUUCUUCCCCUCGUUUAUCUUCCUAUAUCUAGCUUUCCCUCUCCCCCUCUUCCUAUCUCCCCUCUUCCUAUCUCCCCUCUUCCCUAUCCUCCCUCUUCUUACAGUACUUCUUUCUUAUCUCACCCCUGCUUCCCUCUACCCCCUCUUCCCUAUCUCCCCUAUCUCCCCAGUUUUGCCUUUUUUCUUGUUCCCCCUCCCCAUCUCGUAUUCCCUCCCUCUCCCUGGCUAUUGCAGUUACUACACUGACGAUUCUUCUGGUACUGCAACUCGCCUCAGUCCAUCAUCCCAUGCCAUGCUCGCAGAGAAACCAGUUCCCCUCAUGGAAAGGCAAUACAGGAAAGGCAUGGAUGGGGAGGGCAGGUGGGAACAGGGCAGAGGGUGGGGUAGCAGGGCAGGGGAUGGGGGGGAUGCAGGGAAGGGGAUGGGGGGAAGCAGGGAAGGCGAUGGGGGGAAGCAGGGAAGGGGAUGGGGGGAAGCAGGGAAGGGGAUGGGGGGAAGCAGGGGAGGGGAUGGGGGGAGGGGAAGCAGGGAAGGGGAUGGGUGGAAGCAGGGAAGGGGAUGGGGGGAAGCAGGGAAGGGGAUGGGGGGAAGCAGGGAAGGCGAUGGGGGGGAGCAGGGAAGGGGAUGGGGGGGAUGCAGGGAAGGGGAUGGGGGGAAGCAGGGAAGGGGAUGGGGGGAAGCAGGGAAGGGGAUGGGGGGAAGCAGGGAAGGGGAUGGGGGGGAUGCAGGGAAGGGGAUGGGGGGAAGCAGGGAAGGCGAUGGGGGGGAGCAGGGAAGGGGAUGGGGGGGAUGCAGGGAAGGGGAUGGGGGGAAGCAGGGAAGGGGAUGGGGGGAAGCAGGGAAGGGGAUGGGGGGAAGCAGGGAAGGGGAUGGGGGGGGUGCAGGGAAGGGGAUGGGGGGAAGCAGGGAAGGGGAUGGGGGGAAGCAGGGAAGGGGAUGUGGAGAAGCAGGGAAGGGGACGGGGGGAAGCAGGAAAGGCGAUGGGUGGAAGCAGGGAAGGGGAUGGGGGGAAGCAGGGAAGGGGAUGGGGGGAGGGGAAGCAGGGAAGGGGAUGGGUGGAAGCAGGGAAGGGGAUGGGGGGAAGCAGGGAAGGGGAUGGGGGGGAUGCAGGGAAGGGGAUGGGGGGAAGCAGGGAAGGGGAUGGGGGGAAGCAGGGAAGGGGAUGGGGGGAAGCAGGGAAGGGGAUGGGGGGAAGCAGGGAAGGCGAUGGGUGGAAGCAGGGAAGGGGAUGGGGGGAAGCAGGGAAGGGGAUGGGGGGAAGCAGGGAAGGGGAUGGGGGGAAGUAGGGAAGGGGAUGGGUGGAAGCAGGGAAGGGGAUGGGGGGAAGCAGGGAAGGGGAUGGGGGGAAGCAGGGAAGGGGAUGGGGGGAAGCAGGGAAGGCGAUGGGGGGGAGCAGGGAAGGGGAUGGGGGGGAUGCAGGGAAGGGGAUGGGGGGAAGCAGGGAAGGGGAUGGGGGGAAGCAGGGAAGGGGAUGGGGGGAAGCAGGGAAGGGGAUGGGGGGGAUGCAGGGAAGGGGAUGGGGGGAAGCAUGGAAGGCGAUGGGGGGGAGCAGGGAAGGGGAUGGGGGGGAUGCAGGGAAGGGGAUGGGGGGAAGCAGGGAAGGGGAUGGGGGGAAGCAGGGAAGGGGAUGGGGGGAAGCAGGGAAGGGGAUGGGGGGAAGCAGGGAAGGGGAUGGGGGGAAGCAGGGAAGGGGAUGUGGAGAAGCAGGGAAGGGGACGGGGGGAAGCAGGAAAGGCGAUGGGUGGAAGCAGGGAAGGGGAUGGGGGGAAGCAGGGAAGGGGAUGGGGGGAAGCAGGGAAGGGGAUGGGGGGAAGCAGGGAAGGCGAUGGGUGGAAGCAGGGAAGGGGAUGGGUGGAAGCAGGGAAGGGGAUGGGGGGAAGCAGGGAAGGGGAUGGGGGGGAUGCAGGGAAGGGGAUGGGGGGAAGCAGGGAAGGGGAUGGGGGGAAGCAGGGAAGGGGAUGGGGGGAAGCAGGGAAGGGGAUGGGGGGAAGCAGGGAAGGCGAUGGGUGGAAGCAGGGAAGGGGAUGGGGGGAAGCAGGGAAGGGGAUGGGGGGAAGCAGGGAAGGGGAUGGGGGGAAGUAGGGAAGGGGAUGGGUGGAAGCAGGGAAGGGGAUGGGGGGAAGCAGGGAAGGGGAUGGGGGGAAGCAGGGAAGGGGAUGGGGAGAAGCAGGGAAGGGGAUGGGGGGAAGCAGGGAAGGCGAUGGGUGGAAGCAGGGAAGGGGAUGGGGGGAAGCAGGGAAGGGGAUAG